GGCUGUAUUCUCUUAAUUAUUUCAACACUGUGCCAGGUGUUGGGCAUAUCAUAAGAUCCGAUAAACAUGGGUAGAGUGCUAUGCAAGUACAGGGGUGGGGCAUGCAACCCAAGUGGGAUGGAGAGUGAUCACAUUCAGAGGAAAUGACAUCUAAGCCAAGAACUGAAAGAUAAAAAGGUGUUGGAAUUUAAUAAAGAAACCAUAGGCAGAAAAUGGGAGGGAUUCAUGUCUACUAAGAUCCUUAAGCAAGAAAUAAAUGACUUUAAAGGAUCCCGGUGACUGGUUUGUAGUGUCUGGGAGAAGAAGAGUUGAGACGUGAGGCUAGGACAUUAAGCAAGGGCCAUACUUUAAAACACCUGGUAGGUUGUGUUAAAUUUCAUCCUAAAAGCAAUAUGAGGGGACCCAUUAUUGGGUUUUACAUAGAGGAGUGAUAUAAGACACAAUCACCUCAGAGUGUGGGAUUUGCCUUGACUACAUUGAAUUUUAUCAUCUUAAAGGUUAAUUUUAAAUUAUUUGGUUCAUUGUAUUAAUAUCUGAGUAUAAAACAGUAUAUCAAAGUGAUUGAAAUAUGUGCCUCUUAUUUUAAUAUGAAAAGAAUGAAGAGCAAUUAAUAUGGGACUAUAUUAAACAUAGAAAUAAAGUCCUAUUUACAAAGUAUUAUUAAACUCAUAUUAAUCUGUUUGCAAAAAGAAUUGAAAUUAAAAUUUUCUGUAAUUCUGAGUACAUUCGGUUACUGCUGUAUAUUUUCCAUCAAGGUAAUUUCCCAUGAGUGUAUGUGUGCCAUUUAAUAUCCCCAAUCAAAUGUAGCUGAAACUGUGCUUUUUCUCUGCAGUGAUUUAAACUUGUGAGAUGCUUCCAUUAACUGGAAAAACAAUCAUCUUUGAUAACUUUCCUGAUCCUUCUGAUACAUGGGAAAUCACUGAAAUGAUUGGCAAAGGAACUUAAGGGAAAGUUUUUAAAGCGUUGAAUAAGAAAAAUGGCCAAAAAGCAGCAGUGAAAAUUCUAGACCCGAUUCAUGAAGGAUAACUGGCUGUUUUGGAACAUUCUCCUCUCCUGGGAAAUAUGUAGCUCUCCCACAGCAUGUGGGUGAGCCAGGAUAUCGAUGAAGAGAUCGAAGCAGAGUAUAACAUCUUAAAGACGCUUUCCGACCACCCCAAUGUGGUCAGAUUCUACGGCAUGUACUUUAAGAAGGUUAAAAUAGAUGGAGACAAGCUGUGGUGGGUUCUUGAGGUGAGGACAACUGCCUCUGAAGCAAAGCAUCAGCCACCAUCAGAUUUUCUUUGGAGAGAACAAAGCAAGUUUGGAACAAGCCCAAACUGCACAACGAUUCUGUGCAAACUGAAUGGUGAAAGCAAAAGAAAACCCACCAAACCCUUUUCCCAAUAGCAGCCCUUGGUGCUACAGUCCUAGUGUCCCCACACAUCCCUACAGUCCUCUGAUUGAAACUUGCACUACAUGCAUGGCUAGAAGCAGCUUAAAUAGACAGCCAAGGCCUCACUCAUCCAGGCCUGAUCCAGCCCAGGUAAGUCAAAGGGAUACUUACUCCAGUGGAGAGUUAAGGGAUGUGUGGGUGUGGGGAGGCAGGGCAAGAGAGUAGGAGGGAGGGAGACCUGGUGAAAGGGGUUAAGUGGUAAAAUUCACUAAGGACUAAAAACUAUUCAUAUCCUCAAGUAUAGAUGGUUCUAAAGCAAUAUCUGAACUCCUUCACUUCCCUUUGCUUUAGCACAGUGUCUUCUACCGUUCUUGAUAAAUAUCUGUUGAAUGAGUCAGUGAAUCAAAAGAAUCGUGUGGCCAGCAAGAGUAAUAGGAUCCUUGAAGUUUGGUCAAAAGUACAUUUGUUUUUCAUUAGGAAGAAAAAACUGGCCUUACAAAGUUAUGCUUUGUAAAUCCAUCUCUUCCAAACACAUUCUAAUUUAAUCCCAAAUUCUUAUUCUUUUUCAACAAGAAGUUUCUUAUUUAAGGUCAUCUAAGUUUUCAGAGUUGUGUUAUUAACCCAGGAUCUUUGAAUAGAUUUCAGGAAGUCCCUGAACUGCUGUAUUUGGUACACAAAUGUGUGUCCCUAUGCUGUUUCCUGGGAAAAGAGUUCAUGAGGUUCAUCAGGUGACCCCAGCUGUUUACAAGAAACUAAUUAUAACACAGUGCCAGAUCCAACCUGUGGAGAAAGUCUGUUUCGUACAGGUGCUAUAUCCUGUUCAAACUAUAAUGAUUUGCAAACAUUUAUUUAGUAGAGGGAUGCUUUUUUAAAUGAAAUCUUGGGCAAACCCGAUAUAUAAAAUGGGUGAAAGCAAGCCUGUCCAAGUUGAAGAAAAGAUAGCAAUUCCCACUGCCCACUACAUCCUUUUCCCAUCUCAUCUUUCCUUGCUUUUUCCCUCUUCCCUGUGAUCUUUGAGGCACCUCCCUGGAAUCAUAGAAUUCUAUACUACAGUAUGAAAACCACUGUGUUAGUAGACCAACAUAUAAUUGGAUCUAGCACCCCCCAAAUAGUAAAUUUUAGAAGUGAAGUGAUGAAAAUUAUGUAAAGUCCUGAAUAUAUUCCAUUUCAUAAAAUUAAAUACCCUAUAUCUUUGUACUUGAGUUUCUUCAUCUGUCAAGUAAGAGAUUUGGUCUGAAAUUUAAAGAGUUCUUCUAGCAAUAAUUUAUUAUUAUAUUAUAUUA